GAUAAUCUGAUUUUUACAAGGGAACGGGGGGGCACACCGUACAGGACAGGACAGGUUGGUAACAGUUGUUGGAGAUUCCAGAGGCCACCAAGCUCGCAGAGGAGGCCUGGGACCGGCAGGUCCCGGCGCAAGCCCAGGGCACAAAGACCACGACGACUGCCGGUUAGCGCCCAGGGAUGCAGUUCCACCGCGCAGCCCCGGGGGCAGAGCAGAAACUUCGGGAUGGGGUCAAGCAAACCCUGGCUGGGGCCUCGCGGGGGGCGGAGCGCGUUCCGCCUGGGAUCUGGCAGAGAGGCCGCCCACUGCGUCUCCAGCAUCCCACGAUCUCCCGCAGCCCGCGCCCGGCACAGUCACUGUUGGGACGCAGCUGCCAGGCUUGUCCAUUUGUUUGUUUGUUGUUUAAAACGAUCCUAGAGCGCGCGCUCGGCAGCAUCUGAAGGGGGGUUGGGAGACAGCCAAAAUUUCCUUCCAGGGAGCGCGUGAGGGGCAUUCUCAAAGGAAAACCAGACCAAGAGAGUAGUGACCAGCCCUCCUCAGAUUACUCUGCACUGGCUCCUCCCUUGCUCCCCCCACCCCCAGAUUUGCAUAAAAAAGGCCAAGAAAACUCUGGCUGGGCCCCAACAACCGUUCACUCAGCUCCCCCGGGUCGGAGCCCCCCCCUCCUCCCGGAGCUGCGCACAGGCUUGCUGCACGAAGCCGAGAGGAGAGCGCCUCGCCCCGCAGUUCAGCCGGCGUCCGACCUCUCGGCGGUCCCGCCGCCCGCUUUCCAGGCUCCCUAGCCGCGUCAAGCGAGCGAGCGGGCCCGGGACAAGCUCGGGCCCCGGCCGCCUCGCGCUUCCCCGGUUCCGAUCCCUCCGCCCCCCGGGGGUCGCGCGCCCACGAUGCCGCAGGGCCCCGGCUCGCUGCUGUUGCUGGUCCUCGCCUCGCACUGCUGCUUGGGCUCCGCGCGCGGGCUCUUCUUCGGCCAGCCCGACUUCUCCUACAAGCGCAGCAAUUGCAAGCCCAUCCCGGCCAACCUGCAGCUAUGCCACGGCAUAGAGUACCAGAACAUGCGGCUGCCCAACCUGCUGGGCCACGAGACCAUGAAGGAGGUGCUGGAGCAGGCGGGCGCCUGGAUCCCGCUGGUCAUGAAGCAGUGCCACCCGGACACCAAGAAGUUCCUGUGUUCGCUCUUCGCCCCGGUCUGUCUCGAUGACCUGGACGAAACCAUCCAGCCGUGCCACUCGCUCUGCGUGCAGGUGAAGGACCGCUGCGCUCCGGUCAUGUCCGCCUUCGGCUUCCCCUGGCCCGACAUGCUCGAGUGCGACCGUUUCCCCCAGGACAACGACCUUUGCAUCCCCCUCGCUAGCAGCGACCACCUCCUGCCGGCCACCGAAGAAGCUCCAAAGGUAUGUGAAGCCUGCAAAAAUAAAAAUGAGGAUGACAACGACAUAAUGGAAACUCUUUGUAAAAAUGAUUUUGCACUGAAAAUUAAAGUGAAGGAGAUAACCUACAUCAACAGAGAUACCAAAAUCAUCCUGGAGACCAAGAGCAAGACCAUUUACAAGCUGAAUGGUGUAUCCGAAAGGGACCUGAAGAAGUCGGUGCUGUGGCUCAAAGACAGCUUGCAGUGCACCUGCGAGGAGAUGAAUGACAUCAACGCGCCCUAUCUGGUCAUGGGACAGAAACUGGGCGGGGAGCUGGUGAUCACCUCCGUGAAGCGGUGGCAGAAGGGGCAGAGAGAGUUCAAGCGCAUCUCCCGCAGCAUCCGCAAGCUGCAGUGCUAGUUCCGGCGCCUCGGUUGCUCCUGACAGGCCAGCUCCAGGGCUCGGCUGACCAUAUCUGCUCCGAGGCCUCAGCUCUCGUAUCCCAAGCACAGUCCCUUCAGCUCCAGCCCCAGCCUGGAGCAGUGUCCCCUGCCUUUUGCACAUUUGCACCCCCAGCAUUUCCUGAGUUAUAAGGCCUUAGGAGGCCUCAGGAAUGGAUAGCUGUUUUCACAUAAAGGAAAAAACCCCAAGUCUUGUAGAAAUAUUCAAACGAAUAAAAUCGUGCAUAUUUUUAUAAAGUUUUAAAAUAGCUCACUUGAAAGCUAGUUUUGAAUAGGUGACUUGGGUCUGAUUAUUUUUCCUGUUUGGUUUGGGUCACCUGAUUUUCACUUUUCACAGAGGUUGCCAUAACCUACAAAUAGCUUCAUUUUUUGUAUGUGGCCCAAACUGUUGUGGGUUGCAAACCCGGUUGAGAUAAAGCUGGCUGUUAUCUCAACAUCGCUCAGCUCCAGCCUGAGAGACGCUGCCUGAGUCUUAUAACAAUUCACUCAUCAUUUUACACCCUCGUUGGGAACAUAACUAGCAUGUAUUGCAUUUCCAGGUAGAGUACUUCCACUUAUAAGAAGCACAUUAACCAUCAUAGCAUGAUUUCUUCCAGUAAAGGGCACAACAAAUUUUAUAAUUGACCUGAAUUCUUUAACCUUUGUUUAAAACAUCUUUUUUACUUAAUUUUGCAAAUUAAACCAUUGUAGCUUACCUGUAAUAUACAGUAGUUGACCUUAAAAAGUUGUAAAAAUAUUGCUUUAACCAACACUGUAAAUAUUUCAGAUAAACAUUAUAUUCCUUGUAUAUAAACUUUACAUCCUGUUUUACC